GCUGGAUUCAUUUAUACUCUCGGGAGAAACUAUCUUGUUCACAACUUCCUUGGCGCAUGUGCCUGUACGGGACCUUGUACAUGUUUUCAUCACCUUUACGGCUUUCGUGCAACUCUCCACUUAUGAACGCGUUGCUCCCGUCUUUCUGCUCGGAUUUUCUUUCUAAAGUGUUUCGCCAUGGCUGCUUGACUGUGUGCGCAUCUUCGAGGCGGCCAGUUAUGGAGAGAAAUCGUCGCUGUUUCUUCUACAUGGUGGCCUACACUCUUUCGCUGUUAUUCUCCUGAUCUUCUCUGUGCAACUCAAAGGAUGCGUUGCUCUGCUCCACCGAGUUGGGCGCUCCUUAGCGCAGAGUCUUAGGGUCUUGCAGCUGCUUCUCUGUCUGCUAGUUGCGAGAAUGGACUCUCCUCGACUUUUCGUCCGUCUCCGCUCCUCGUUUUUUCUCUUGUUCUUUCUGGGACUUCUCCUGGGUCCUUCGCUGUGGCUUGCGCCCGCUGCGUCGUGGCUCUUUCCGCCUCGCGCUGCAACUAAGAAUGGCAAGUCCUCCUCGUCUUCAUCUCCUAACCCUGUCUCCCCGCUUGUUUCCUCGGGAUCUCUCUCGGAGUCCUCUCAGACUGGCGUCUCUCCGAGUCCCUCUGCUAGUUCUGACGACAGGGCGUCAGAAGGCUCCUCCUCCUCUGCAGCGCCCCCCGCCUCUGUCCACUCUGCGACCACAAAGCAGCAGUCUGCUCCUUCAGGCGCCUCGCGCCCUCAAGUGCCUUCCUUACCUGCACCCCUGGCGGUGCCGUCGCACCCUGGUUCGCGGACGGAGAUCGAGAAAGCGAUGCUGACCAAGAUCGUCGCGGAUUUGUUGACUCAUCAGGCAAACCGGCUCUCGUUCAAGGUUCUCGACGACGCGCAGAUCCGCACCGCAGCCCCGUACGUCAUUCUUGACCACAUCGUCGGCGGGUACAGAGCCGCUCUGUCGGACUUGAAGCUCGUCUUGCCGCCGCUAAGUACGUUGGACUUGGCCGUCGAACUGCUGCCGCACUUCGUGUGGAAAGGGUUCUGGACAGACCUCGAGGAGGACCCGCUGCAUGCAGCCUCAGUCGAGCACAAGCUGUUCGACUGGACUCACCCGCCGCUGCUCUCCACGCCGAGUUUCGGUGGGCCGCUCACGGCGCAAGAGGCGGACGAGUUCCCAGAAACCGAGCACGGCCUGUACCUGCGGAAGAUGGCGGACCAGUUCGUGUCGACGCUGAAGCCGGGGAUGCUGAACAUCUCCGAGGAAGAGCUGCAGCCGCUCAAGCACCCGCUGGCGCGGCAGCUGUUCGUUGUGCAGCGAAUUCGCGAACAAGUAGGCGCCAGGCUGUCAAAAAAUUUGGGGACCAAGUUUCUCCAGCACGCAGCAGCAGACGCCGGCUCAGGUGUCUCGACACCCGAGGCGUCGCCGACGCUCUGGUCGAAACUCGCGAGGGUCUUCCAGCGCAUGCGGGCAUGGGAGAAACGGGGAACUUCAGAGGACGAGAUGGGCGGGGAAAUCCGUCCGCACCGACGGGCGACGCAGCUUAAUAUUCGGGUUGAGUCGAUUCCUACGAGAGACGUGAAUCUGCUUCUCGAAUACGCCGCCGCAGUCAGCGUUCUGCAGCGCCUGCAGCACCCUGGGGCUCAGGGGCUGCUCCCAGGGAACCGAUCUCUGGAAGGGUUGAUUAACGGAAAACAGGAAGCGGAGGUCGCGAGAACCGCUCAAGCGGCCAAAAUGUGGCGAGACAAGAAACGCGCACAGCAUCUCCGAACCAUUUACUGCGUACAGCUGCUGGUCUUGUCAGUGGCUGCGCUCGCGGUGGCCUGGUCGUACAGAGGGGGGGACGAAACAAACGCAGCGAGGAAGCGCAAAAGACCGAAAAUCUCAAAGAGGCGCAAGCGGAAUAAGAUUCGAGGUGCUGUGAACCACCCAAAACGAACGGGCGAGUCCGACAGUCCGGAAUUCGCGAAUGCGCAGUCCAGCGAAGAGAGUGACAUAGAACCCGCAGGGCACCUCCAGUUAGGAAUGAAACAGAAAGUAUCUCCGCUGAAAGCGUUCUAAAUAGUCUCGAUACAGAACAGUCCACGGGCACAUUUGAGGAAGGGGCUGCAGUGGAAGCAGCCGGAACUGAAAAUGGAAAGGCGAACUAGUGAGCUCCAGAGCCUGAAACAAAUCUCCGGAAGAAAACGGCAUUCAGGACGACCUAGAGGCGGGAGAAGAAAGCAUUAGAGUCGACACGCAAAACUGGAUUCUUCCUUUAAAGUGUUCCCUCAGAGCUAGAACUGAGAAGUUCUUUUUGGAAAGUCUCGAAAACAAAGUAUUUUCCGAGUGGCUUCAUAUGCGGUAUUCUGUCGUGGAAAAGUGAAGAACGGCGCCUUCUUGAUGGUCCUCCUAUGCAAUGGGCGCGAUUUCUUCCAGUUAUCUGCUGUUCGUUGUAGCUGAGGACGAGGUUCCUUGUCUGCUUUUUUUGGGACAGACACCUGGAGCUGAUCGUCCAUGUUUGCCACCGUGUUGAUAUCGUCAAGGCUGGGAGUGUUCGGUGUCAUCCCGCAGCAAUGCUCAUCGAAGUCUU